AUGAGCACUACUUCAAACCCAUUUCUUAUUUCUUGGUGGCCGCUUGCUCUGGGCGAUCCGGCUCUCUUUCAUGUUUCUUUGCAGACAGCAUGCCUUGACGAAGAGUUGUUGGCACAAAAGGGCUUCCAAUCAUCUGAGCUCCUCAUGGCUGAUUCUGUCGCUUUGCUACGGCGCAAAGUUGAAAAUAUGUCACUGGCUGUGCAAGAUGGAACUAUGAACUCCGUCAUUACAUUAGCAGCAAUUGAAUUUGGCAAAGGGAACGUUGAUGUCAGCCAGAUGCAUGUUGACGGGGUUAAGAAGCUAGUAAAUAUGAGAGGCGGUAUCAAUUCAGUGAGGCAGACCAGUCCACUUACUGCGCGAAUGGUCAGCUGGGUUUCAAUGCUUAUAAUGGGCUAUCCUCAAUUCGAGACCCAAGAUGAUGUAGGCCUUGGAGAUGGUAUACCUUGCAUCCCGGAAUGGCAACUGGACGCAACCGCCCUUGACGAUUUAUCCGGAUUCAAUAAUCUCGACAUAGACUACGACGUCUGGAAUGUCUUCAUACGCCUCCGCAGUGUGCUAGAACGAUCACAAAGAGCGCCUUUCUCAUCAACACAACUUCAUGACCUCACAUGUUUUGUUAUACACCGACUCCUCCUCUCUGCCCCGAACAUGGAAACCGCCCAACCGUCACCAAUCACAGAGUCUCUGCGCUACGCAAUUAUACUAUAUAUGCUCAUCAUUCAGGGGCCAACAUACUACUCACAUGCAGUCAUUAUGAAUACAAUGGUCACUCGGUUCGUGGAAUGCUUCAAACAACUAGAAUCAACACCUCGUGUGUAUGAUUCCCUGGACGUUUGGCUUAUUUCAAUCGGACUGUUGACUUCUGCAAAUACAAUUCACUACCAGUGGUUUGUUGAGAGGGCACAGAUCGUCUCGGCGUAUCUGCAGCUGCGUGAUUUCAAUGAUGCUCUGGUUCAAAUUAAGAGUGUCUUGUGGCUGGAAGCACCCCAGGGUGAUGAGAACUUUCGGUCCCACUGGGAUAGUAUUUUAUAUGUUGAAAAUACGCUAGAGUCUUUGCAACUCACGUUCAGCGUUUCGCCGAGCAGGAGUAGUGCCGAGCUCUUAUGA